AUGUCUUGCCAAACCGGAAUUCGAGCAAACGAUGCCCUCCGAAAUGCGUUCAACCUCGCGAAACAGGCGAAGUUGCGGUUGAUCAAAGUGGUCAUCAGAAAUGAGGAGUUGAACCCGAACUAUGAGUACAAAGGGAGUCCGGAUUGGAGAAGUGACUGGAGAGCUACGCUACCGGAAUGUGUCGACUCGUUUGAGCCGUGUUUCGUUCUUUUCCGAUUGAACACCAUUACUGAAUGGAUUUUGAUUACUUUCGCCGACGAUCGUGCGCCAGUGAAAGAGAAAAUGCUACUCGCCGCCACGUGUGCCACUUUCAAAUCUGAAUUCGGUGCUUGUUAUAUCGAGUACGAGAGACACGUCACUGAUCGAAAAGACCUCACCCUGGACUCACUCGAAAGCUGGUUGAAGGGAAAGCAAGAGAUCGGACCGAUGAGUGAAGUUGAACAAGAACUUUUCACGGCGGCCAAGGAGCGCUCGGCAGCACAGGGUGCCGCCCCGGCCGGCAUGAAAGGUGUCGUUUUUCCGUUGGAUCGAAACGCUGAGGAUGCGCUGAAAGAACUUGGGAAUCACAAGCUCAACUUCGUGCAGUUAUCGGUGGACACAUUAAAUGAGGCGAUCAAAUUGGAGGACACUCAAGCAUCGGUUUCCGCGUCCGAGCUCGCCGGACGAAUCCCCCGGAAUAAACCCAGAUACACGUUCUAUCGUUUCGAGCACACGCACGAUGAUCGACCAUACAAUAGCAUCAUUUUCAUCUAUUCCCUUCCCUCCGCCGGUUCUUCGAUUAAAGAGCGAAUGCUGUAUUCAUCUUGUAAAGCCCCGUUCUUGCAAGCCGCUCAAGUUCACAUGCAAGCCGAGAUCACGAAAAAGAUGGAAGUCGAUGCAAAGGAUGAUCUCUCUGAGAAAGCGUUGAGAGAGCUUCUGCAUCCGACCCCAGUCGAGUCGCCCAAACACUUCGCCAAGCCACAACCGCCUCGCGGAGCACCUCGACGAAUCACUAAAGUU